UUCAUUCCCAUCCAUUCCUAAUAAAACAGCUGUUUGCAAACUAACAUUCAGAGUAAACAAAAGUCGAUUUUAUCUGAAGUAAAUUUUAUUUCAUUGGAUGGAUUAAUUACAAAUAGAGAAAAUGGAUGAGCCUAUUGAAACUAAAAUAAAUCAAUCACCCGACAAGAGUUUUGAGCGGCGUUUACAUAGUACUGAAGACGCACCGGUGGAAAGCAUAAACAUUGACAGAGGAGAUAGCGAGCCGCAAAAUUCUGACCAAAGUUUGGAAAAAACCCGGAAGAAGCGAGCGUCCACUGAGAAGAUUCAUGUUUAUGGUUAUAUGAAAAAGAAAGUUUUAAACCAUUUGAUGGAAAAUGGUUGCAGCUCAAAAAGUGUUGACGAAGUAAUAGCUGCAUCAAAAUUUAAUAAGAAUUCUGUGCUAGAAUAUAUGAAUCAGCGCAUACAAAUGGCGCAAAAAAAUGUCCACGAAGAAUGUGAUUCUCUGAGCUUUUCCAACAUUGAAUCGUGGCUUAAUGUAUUUAAAGAGUGGAAUUUGCCAGAAUUAUGUUUGUAUGAGCCUGCUUUAGUAAUCAAUGCUAUCGCGAAUAAUGAAGAGUUUCCAGAACCCAAAGACUUAGACGGCGUGGACCUAAAAUCUGUUUACAAGUUUUUAGGAAAUGCAUUAAUGGGAUUGCCCCAGCCAAAUUUGGAUGCGAAGAGUGCAGAAUUUUUGGCAAACGAAUUCGAGAUAUUAGUCGGUGAAGCCAAUACAGAAGUCGGUGAUAGCGAAACAGGUCGCAUAAACCAGAAAUUAGAGUCUUAUAAGGAACUUCCAUUCUCCGCACAAAACGAAAAAAGUAGCAUAGAUCCUUUGUGCCUCGGCGAUGAUUUGAAUUUUCAACGGAAAUAAAUACGCAGUUGUAAUCAAAAAAAAAUAUUUUUUAGUAUUUUUUAUAAUAUAUGUAAGUUGAAACCA